GAAGAGCUGUCGCUGUCGCUGUCGCUGUUGUUGUGAUGGCAGCAGGUGGGGCAUCGAGCCGCGUGCGUGUUUGAUUGGUUCCGCCAGCUUGCCUGCCAAUAGUCUUCAGCCUUCAGUCUGCCGCCUCUGCGAUAAUCAAUCGCUUCAUGUACCGCCAAUAACAUCAAGUUCUUGUUGUUGCUACUGCUUCGUAUCGAUGGCCGCUGUCAACGACGGCCAGAUCAAGGUGCUCGAGCAGACUCGCCAGCGCCUGCUGCAACUGACCCAUUCGCUGGGCUCUCUCACAGGCAACCUGCAACAGAGCGACCCGUUGCCCUCAUGGAGCUCGCUGCAGUCUCAAGCGAGUAUUAUUUCUAAUAAUCUCAUCAACAUCUCUACCCAAUUGUCAGAACACCAUGAACUCCUCUCCUCUCUGGUCGCCUAUCCCGCCCCGUCCUUCCCAGGCACCACCCAACAAGGCGUUCUAGAGCAACUACUGCGGACAAAACUGGAUCCUCGUGUCCAGGACUGGGUUGCCAAAGGCCGGAUCUCAGGUUCCAAAACCGCCGAGGAAAGUGGGGGACUCACGGAAGAGGAGUUGGAAGAAUUGUGGGCUUGGGCUCCGAUUGAAGCAAAUCAAGAAGCAAGGCGGCGCAACUGGGGCGGCCACUACACACUGGAAGAAAGGGAAAUAGGUAUAGAGAAUGUUGCGACAGGACUGAAACGGCAGCUACCAGAUGACAGCGAGGAUGAGGACGAAGAGGAAGAGGAAGAAGAAGAGACGGAUGAAGAUAAGAUGGAGAUAGUCGGCGUGCAUAGCAAGCCUGGCGCCGCCGGCGUGGAAUUUGAGAUUACCAGCGAAAGGAACCGUGGACCAGAGGCUGCUCCCUCGCCUGCCCUGCCGCUCGACGAGCUUUUCCGUUACAUGAUGACCGGGACUAAGCCAAAGUCAGGACCCGAAUGAACCAAUCUCAGGCCUAGACGCAUAAUCUAGAGCUUUCAAUGAGCAUAAACUCGAAUACGGAUGAGUUAUAACCUCAGAACACAGACAUCUUAUGGUCAAACCCGAAAUUAAAUUAAAACUAAGUUAUUACCCUACCGAAACGAAAAUAGAGCUCAACCCCUCCUACGAGUGGUAGGGGUCUUCCCGGCAGGCUUUGGAGAGACACCGGUGCUCUCAGCGGCCGCCGGAGAGUUUGC